UUUCCUAAAGUUAAACAAUGGCUGACGUUUUGGAUAUUGAUAAUGCUGAAGAAUUUGAGGUUGAUGAGGACGGUGAUCAGGGUAUUGUCCGCCUUAAAGAGAAGGCAAAACACCGCAAAGGCAGAGGUUUUGGCAGUGAAACCACAACGCGUGAAACCAUCCAUCAAUAUGAACGUGUACGUCACGAAGAUGACGAUGAACUGGAACCCGGUCCACAACGUUCUGUAGAGGGUUGGAUUUUGUUUGUGACAAAUAUACACGAAGAGGCACAGGAGGAUGAAAUACAAGAGAAAUUCUGUGAUUUCGGUGACAUUAAAAAUAUCCACUUGAAUUUGGAUCGACGAACGGGUUUCUCCAAAGGUUAUGCUUUGGUCGAAUUUGAGACACACAAACAGGCUUUGGCCGCCAAAGAUGCCCUGAAUGGUGCCGAAAUUAUGGGUCAAGCCAUACAGGUUGAUUGGUGUUUUGUAAAGGGUCCGAAGCGUUUGAAGAAGUCAUCGGAGAAAAGACGUCGUUGA